AUGAUUCCUCAAGACUGGUAUAAAUCAGAGAAAAACUAUAAAAAAAAGUUAGAAUUCCCUGUUAGAUAUGUGCAGAUGUUAAUUGAUAUGGAGAAUAUACCCCUUUUAGAUAGUAUUCUAGCUGCUGUAUUCUGUUGGAUUCUUCUAGCUGGGUAUUUGGUUUUUCCAGGUACUUUUAUAUUACUAUAA